AUGAAGAGACAUCUUCCAGGGCGCAAAGGGAGUCUCCGCCUACCUCUUGACCCAGCUUGGACGUCUGAGGACGGAUACAUACAGUCGGUGUUGAGCUUUGCAACGAGCUCUGACCUCUUUCGAAAUCUCUGCGGCGGAGUACAUAUUCUCGAUUUUCUCACGCGAGAGCCGGACCUCUACACGACGGUCUUACCGCUGGAAUGGCGCGACUGGUUCGACAGAGUGGACGUUGACGACGUGCUUGACCUGCUCCUUCGAACCGAGCUGCGAGACUCUGCCGAUGUAGCAGCGUCCGCAACCUCAAAUCCCAAGCAUUCUCCACCUUCAAGCCUGCUGGAAUAUGUGCAGACAAUCCGGAAACACUGCCUCCAGCGGCAGUUUUCUCCCGUGUCGGACAACGUCACAGACAUGCCCAGACAACUGUCCGUCGGCAUGAAAACCAAGAAGAUGCACGAAGUCACUAACUUCGCCGCAUACGUGGACAGGCUGUCCGAAGACGUCUGCCAGCAAUUUCAAGAGCCGAUCUCGGUGGUCGACUUCGGCUCGGGCCAGAAUUACCUUGGUCGGACGCUGGCGUCGCCGCCUUACAACAAGCAUGUGGUGGCGAUCGAAAGGAAACACCACAACAUUGCCGGUGCGAGAACAAUGGACGUGCAUGCGAAACUUGCCCAGAAGGAGAAGAUUAUGCGCAACAAGAAGGAGUGGAAGAGGCAGAUGGCACCGAAGAACGGCAUUGCCACUCCUAGACCUUCUCCCACCAUUACUCCUUUUGAGGAGGUUGAUGCGGAACCCUCGCCUGCACCAAAUCCGAUGUUCGCUGCGGCAAGGAUUCUAAACAAGGACUUUGGUCCCGAAAAUGGGUCUAUGACGUACAUCGAGCACGACGUCCAAGACGGGUAUCUCGAGAAUAUUCUUUACCCAGCAGAUCACAGUCAAGGGGAAGAAGAACAAGCACCGCCAGACAUUGUCGAUUCUUCAACGAUACCAACAUCUACACCCGUGCCCGUGAACAGAAAUCCCAAGGCCAUGGUGGUAUCGCUGCACUCGUGCGGCAAUCUGUCCCACCACGCGCUGCGCACCCUGACGCUCAACCCCAGCGUCUGCGCAGUCGCCAUCAUAGGCUGCUGCUACAACCUGCUCACGGAGCGGCUGGGGCCCGCGACAUACAAGCUACCGCGGCUGCGACCGAACCACCCGCGCCUGGAGGCGACGGGUUCGGCGUACGACCUGCACGGGUUCCCUCUGUCGCGCACGCUGGAGGACUUCUGCCACCCCGACGCCGACGGAGACGCCCAGCGGGGGGUGCGGCUGAACAUCACGGCGCGCAUGAUGGCCGUGCAGGCGCCGUACAACUGGGGGCCCGAGGACAGCGAGGCCUUUUUCCGGCGGCACUUCUACCGCACGCUCCUCCAAAAAAUCCUGCUCGACGUAGGCGUGGUCAAGCAGUGUCCUGACCCCGGGGCCGCCGUGGCAGGGGGCAGUAUCACGGGACGCAACGAAGCCGGCACACCCCUGAUCGUGGGCUCGCUGCGCAAGUCAUGCUUUGCCAGCUUCCGCGCCUACGUGCACGGCGCGCUGGCAAAGCUGAAGAGCGACCCCGUCGACGGCGCCAUGAUCGCGUCCCUGACCCAAAACCUCACCGACGACGUGAUCGACGACUACGAGCAGAGGUUCAUGUACGCGAAGAAGAACCUCGCGGUCAUCUGGAGCCUCAUGGCCUUCAGCGCCGGCGUCGUCGAGAGCAUCAUCGUCGCGGACCGCUGGCUGUUCUUGAGAGAGCAGCAGGACCUUGUAGAUGACUGCUGGGUCGAUAUUGUUUUCGACUACAAGCAGAGCCCGCGCAAUUUUGUCGUCGUGGGUAUCAAGAAGAAGCAGGAAUAA